CCGGCCCGCACGCCGCUGUUCUGUACUGUUCCUUUGCCAGCUUGCCUGCUGCCACCAGUGGCACCUGCAAGCGAACCUCCACGCGAGCUGCCCGGCCCCGGCUGCCCCUGCGCCCUGCGCCCCUGCCCCUGUCCCUGCCGGCCCCUUCCAAAAUAAAGCGGGAGGGAGAUGCGCUGAGCCGGAUGGCGGCCCACUCGCUCUCGCUCUACCUCCCCGUCGUCACGCGCUCGCUUGUGCCCCUAGCGUUUCGCCACCUCCUGCUCCCGCACCGCCUCCGGCUCCGGCUCCGGCUCCGCCUCGUCUCCGCCGUCUCCCCAUCCCGGGCGCGGCCCCUCGGCCUCGGCGCCCGCCCGCCCCGCCCCCACGCCGCACCCCUCGGCUACGGAGUUGGUGCAGGGAGAAGGCCGAGUGGUGGACUGGACCACAGAGCCAUGUCAAGUUCCACAAAUUCAACAGUGGCCACGGAGUUGUCGGUGUCUGAGAAUAGCAGGGAAAUUGAGCCGCUACCUUUUGUGAAUGACAAACAUGGAGGCGUCAUCAUUGAGAUGAAGACUCCAAUGGAUCCUGGAGUGUUUUCAGCUUACUUGAAAGCAGCGCUGGCAAAAUGGAGGGAGCAGGGAAUAAGAGGUGUCUGGAUCAAAUUACCCAUCACCCUUUCCAACCUUAUUCCAACAGUUGUAGAGGAAGGUUUCUGGUACCAUCAUGCAGAGGAAACUUACUUGAUGCUUGCGUACUGGCUUCCAAAUACAACACAUACACUACCAGUAAACGCAACCCACCGUGUUGGUGUUGGAGCUUUUAUAAUGAAUGACAAAAGAGAGGUCUUGGUUGUACAAGAAAAGAGUGGUGUACUUCGAGGCCUAGGUGUGUGGAAAUUUCCAACUGGCGUAGUUGAACCGGGGGAAGAUAUUAACGUUGGAGCCAUAAGAGAAGUAAAAGAAGAGACCGGGAUUGAUGCAGAAUUUGUUGAAGUGCUGGCCUUCAGGCAGAGCCACAAAGCUUUUUUUGAUAAAUCAGAUCUAUUUUUCGUGUGCCUGCUACGACCGCUGUCAUAUGACAUUACGAAGCAAGACUCGGAAAUAGAAGCAUGCCAGUGGAUGCCAGUAGAGGAAUUUGCAGCACAACCAUUUGUCCAGAAACAUGAGCUUGUGAAGUACAUCCUCGAAGUAGGCCUGGCUAAAGUUGACAAGAAAUAUGCAGGGUUUUCGCCAAUCUCCAUAAAAUCGGCGUUUACAGACAAAUUGUCCUUAUUUUACAUGAACCGGAGGGACCUGGACAAAGCCUCAGGAUAGAGUAAUAUGUAAUUAAACACAGGGAAUUCAAGAUAGUUGAAAUUUCAGUUCUGGUAUGUAAAAGCAGGCCAAGUCAUAUUCAUACUUGAUUAUUUUGUUAACAAAUUGGAAGUUUCGGGCAUCCGACACUUGUGAUUUUUCGACCAUAUGUCGUCUGCUACACAUCUGUGUUUCAAAGGAGUGUUGCAAUCCAAAAGUAGAGAUGAAACUGUUGCAAUCUAAUUGUAGGUCUACAGACAAUAAAAUACUGUUUUCCUUUA